CAAAUCAGCAUUGCUAGAAGAAACAUAUCUCAGACCAGACCACCACUAACUGUUAUUAUGGAUCUAAAACAACGCCUUAAGAAGCUGGAGUGCCACUUCACCUGGGAUCUGGAGUACAGUAAAAAUGAACUCCAGGAUUUACUGAGCAACCUGAAUGAUGUGGACCAGGAAACGUGCACUUGGCCGGUUCACUAUUACAACCUGCUGGCCUACAUCCAUCAGGCUCUUGGCUCCAGCACAGAGGCGCUGAAGAACCUGGACAAAGCAGAAAGUGUGAUCCAGGAGCAGGGAAGAGAAGAGGCUGGAGUCCGGCUGCAGGUCAACAAAGCUAACCUGGCUUGGGUCUACUUCCAUUUGGGAGGGAUGGAGAAGAGCAAAAAAUAUCUAGAAGAGGUGGAGAGGCUUCAGCGAAUGCAUCCUGCUCCACCUGGAUGCACUUUACACCCUGAAGUCAGUGGAGAAAAGGGCUGGACGCUGGUGAAGUUUGACUUGUCAAAGAAGUGUCAGGCAAUUGAUUACUUUAAAAUGGCUUUAAAAGCACAACCAGAUAGGAAGGAAUGGCACAGAGGUCUUGCCAUGGUGAUGAACAAGGAUUGUGUACAGUCUAAAUUCACUCCAGAACAGAUUGUAGAGCAACUGAAAAUCGCACAUGAGAAAGACCCAAAUAGUUUGCUCCUUCAUGCUCAAUAUUUACUAGAACUGUGUGAUCAGAAAAAGGUGUCAUCAGAAAACAUUGAAAGGGAGAUGCAAGAUUUACUAGAAAGAAAUCUUGAAACUGGAAACCUGGAGGGUUUGCCUAUUAUUCUCAAGUAUUAUAGAAAAGAGAUUUCUUUUGAUAAAGCUAUUCAAAUAGCAGAGACAGUUAAAGAAAAGUUCCCCUCUUCAGUUAAAGCAUUGAAUCUUUUGGCAGAAUGCUACAAAUCGAAGGUUUACAACAUGGAAGACAGUGAGGAAAAGGAAAUUUUUGCUAGGAAAGCCAUUGAGCUCUUUGAGGAAGUUGUCAGACGUAACCCUCACUCAUACAAAGUAAAGAUGUCCCUUGCAUCAAUGCACAUAUAUGCACACAACAGGAAGAGAGCAGAUGAGAUUUACCAGCAGCUCCUGUCAGAGAGAAAUGAUCUUUCUCCUCAUAGGCAACAGCAUAUUUACUACAAUUAUGCCUCUCAUCUACAUUACUGCAGACAGUAUGAAGAAUCAAUCAAAUAUCACAUGAAAGUAGCAAAAAUCCAAAGUGAUUCAGUUCACAAACAGAAGAGCAUAAAGAUUCUUCAAAAAACUGUGAGAAAAGGUAGAAGCCCUCAGUGUGAGGAAAUUAUGCUUAUUCUGGAGAAAAUUAAUAUUUCUGAUUAAAAUGUCAUACUUCAUCAAAAAACAAACAAACAAACAAAACUUCCAUUUGUAUACAUUUGCCACAAUUUUGAAAAUUUUAGUGGAGGUGGGAAAAUUUUCUUCCUCUUGAAAACCAUUUUCUGUGGAAUCUUUUCUAUAAUAUCGAAAAAUACCAGGCUUUUUUUAGCUUCAUUGGUUCUCUCUAAAAUUUUUACCUCCUCAUUGUUUUCAGCCUGCACCUCAGACACUUUUUUGGGGGGGCAUAUAGAGGGACUGAAUGUACAAAUCAUUUAAGUCUGCAAUUUUGUUUACAACAAGUAACAUUUAAAGCAUGUGAUAUUGAUAAUAUUGUGUGGGCUUGACCUACUGUAAUUUGAUUGGCUGUUCAGAUGGUUAAAGUGAUUUGCAUAUUUACCAUAUAACAGUGAGGAAAGGAAGAUUUUGGCUAUGAAAUCCACUGAGCUGUUUGAGGAGGUUGUCAGACAUUACCCUAAUCUUUUGAAUAAAAGAAAUCCCAAAAAUGACAGAUCACAAACAAAAACAGUAUAAUAAGUCAAUGCAAUUCAGCAUUUUCUGGAGGGAAUUAAGACUUCUAUUAUAAUGUGCACUAACGCAACAGUCAAGUUAUAAACAAUGUCCCAAUGUCAUAAAAACAAUCAUUAUUGGAGGGUGUUCUCUUUAAAUUUCACUUUAUGCAGAAAUCUUAAUGAAGAAAUUGUGAAAAAAAAAACUAGGAAAAACAUAUAAAGGGACAAAUAUCUUAAUUCCCAAGAUAUUGUAUAUUUAUUUAUAUUUUGUUAUGCUAAUGGACUGUAGCUUCCACAGUACCUGUUCAUUGUUUCCACUGAUGUGUAAAAAAAAAAAUAAAACACUUCUUGGAGCUGAAUCAUGUGCUUAUUGCUUCUGAUUAUAAAUAGUGUUUAAUAAAAACACCUGCUUUCCUUUGAGACUUUCAUUUCUGAAAUGUGGAUAUACAGAUGUUGCUUACAGUACAUGUUUCUGUUUCAAAUACAAUAAUAAACAUUUAAUUAUAAACACUGUUUUCUCCCAUUCAUUUUUGAUUAGGUUUUUUUAGUUUGUUGAUUAGAUUUACUUGACCUGCUCAGACCUGACCUGCUUGACCUGUUGAUUUUGCAACUUUGUGAGAAAAGGGUGUUAAUUGUUGUUACUGCACUCUGAAAACAGUGUCUCACAAGUUGAGUGCAUUUCAAACAUGAUUUUCUGUUUUUACAUUUUCUUAAGGGAACUUUGUAGCUUGCCAGUGGAAAGUCUGAAGAUACAGUAGAUAAUAUUCAAUUUGUCAGAAUGUAACAAACACAAACACAAGGUCACGUACAAAUAAAUGCGUAUUGUUGAGAAUCACAAGGUAUUUGAUGUAUUUUCUAAAAAUGUAAAACAAGACAAUAAAACUGUG